AUGAGGGGCAGCUGGUACCCCCGCCCCUCGGGACCGGGACGAGCCGGGGCCGUGCGGCGGCAGCUGCGUCUUCGGAGCUGUUUGCUGGGACGCUGGUCCCUCCUCUGUCCUGCUGGUGCUCGUGUGCCGGUCUCUCUCGCAGUGUACAGGUUCGUUUUGAAUAUGGAUAAACAAGCACCUGCUAAAUCAUCUAACAUUUUCACCUUGGAUGCUGUUAAAGGGCAUAUGAGGAAGAGGGAUGGAACAUUACAAGUUGCAAAACGGAAUGCUGCUUUAGCAUCUAAAAUAAAAAAUAAAUUAAUAAAUAACUCAUCUAUGUUUAAGGUAUCUUUGAAACAAAAUAAUAAAGCAUUAGCUGUGGCUUUGAGUGCAGAGAAGGAAAAUUCUCGGAAGCUAAAGAAUGAGAAGAUUUUUCUUCAGAAGGAAGUAGAAAAACUGCAGUUUCAUAAUACGUUUCUUCGUCAAAAACUAAAGUGUUUGAAUAAAACUCUUACAGAAAUAGAAGUCUUUUUGAAUUAUAACCUCUUAACUGCAAUAGAGAUAAGCAGUCUUCCUGAGAAUCUUCAGAGUUGUCUUCCUCUGUCAGCUGGUCCAAGUAGCCCUACUGAUGACCAGUUCAAGAGUACCUGUCAGUCAGCUAGGUCUGUGGAAUCGCCGGUGAAGCUCCCUUUAACUGCAACAGCUAAUACAGAAGAGCAAGGUAGCCUUUCGAUGUGUGAAAUACCAAAUUCUUAUAAAUGUACCACUAUUUUGUCAAAGGAAACUAAUUCAGAUCAAGUUAAGUUUGCUUUAUCAUUGCCUUCUGGUACAAAUAAUCAAAAGGUAAAUGAUACAGAAACAGUGGAAACAACCGUUGACAAAAAUAUAUUUUUUAAAGAAAAUCAAUUACGCACAGAACUACCUUGUAAUAGUACCUUCUUGGCUCAUGUCAAAAAUGCACAAUCUUUAAGACAGUCUGAGGAGCUUACAAAACAAUGUAACAAUAGUUCCUUGGCAUUCUGUGGAAAUGUGACUGAAAGAAAGAAACAUGCAGUACUUUAUAAAUCAAAAACUCAACCUAAUAUAAAGGAUUUUGAUAAAACAUGUAGCUCAAAUAAUUUGCCUCAUUGUGGUAUCAACAGUGGUAGCAACACCAAUGACAUGGAUUUCCAGGAAUGUUCAAGUGACUUGUCUUGCAUUAUUCCUUCACCUCUUAAAUUUAGCAGUGAAAGUAACAUAGAUUUUAAGAAGCUGCUUUUUACUGACAAGAUGAAGACUGAAGAAACUAUUUAUGAUGCUGAUAUGGAAUUGACCACCAGUGAUGCAGGUGAACUACUCACAGUUUCAGCGAAAGACAAAGAUAAAUUACACCAAAAUAAAAAUUGUAAUGCCAAUUCUGAUAAAGUAUUAGCAAAUUUCAGAAAGGUAAGAUAUUCUAAGAAGGAUAAAGUGAAAAUUAAAAGCAAGACUGAAGUCAGUUCAAAUGUGUGUGCAGAACAAAGGGAUACUAGGGCUGAAGUUUCACAAACUACUCAGUCACAAACUCAAGUAUUCCGAAGUGAGAUGGAACAGCUACCUACAGGAAAUUCCUUAGGGAAACAGAGUUUGCUAAAUACCAGCGAAUACUAUCAAGCACAAAAUUAUCCAAGUAAAUUUAAGGGUACUAAGAAGACAUAUGAAGUUAACUUAAUGAGUCCAAGAAAACAGGAGACAAAUAAAGAAGCUUUCUCAGAAACAUUUGAAGACAUGGAAAGCAAAAUACAAAAAGCAGACUCAAACUUGUCAAUUAACAACAUCCCACCUGAAAGUUACUGUGCUGAAAAUUUACAAUUCCAGGGUGACACUUCUAGUGAAUUGCCUUCACAGUUGGACUUCCUGUAUAGAAAUGAGAAACAUAUCAGACCAAAAAUAAACGGGAAAACUUUUCAAAACCCUUCUAAAGUGAACAGAGCAAAACACGGUGGAGAGAAAAAUGGGCAGUAUGAAGAAUGUAUUUCACAAAAGUCUCAGACAGACCAACAUGACAGCAAGAGAAAACAAAACCAGAAGAAUAUUAUAAAGAGAAAAUGCACCAAAAAAAAUAGUUACAGACUAGGUGAAGAAACGGAGUGUGACAGCAUUAAUAAAAUUACUCAGAAAGUAGACCAAAAGAGUAUCCAUUUUUCAUCAGGCAGGUUAAAGCGUACAUUGGCAAAGGCUGGCCGGAAGGCAUAUAUAGUACCAAAAGAAAAUCUUACACAGUUCUCGCUUUGUAAAAAUGAAGGAUUAGAAAAUAAGGAUGUGUUAAUGCAUGCAGAGGCUGUUCAUGAAAAUAAAGUAACUGAAACUCAGGAAAUGCAGGUUGCUUUAGUUACUCAAAUUGGUGUAGCUAUAAAUAGACCACAGGAUAAAGAAGAAGUUCAUGUUGAUACUAAAACUUUGAAGAAUGUGAAUUACUCAUCAGUGGCACAUAAAACCCUUCAGAUAAGUGAUUAUCCUGAUAAUGGGGUAAAUUGCAAACAGUGGCUUAGUUCCAAUAUUACUGAGACCAAACCAGAAAAAAAUUAUUUUGGGAAUAUUGACCAAGGGGGGCAGAAUAUUUUGGAUGACCAGGAAGUCCCUCAUGAGAUGGAUUCCUCUAUGAGCAAGCUAAAACCUACGGCUCCAGAAUUAGAAUUUUUAAAACUCUCACCUGUCGAAUAUUCUAAGAAUAUGCCGUUCAUUGUAGAUGGCUUUUUCCAGGAAGGUCUUUCCAAUGUGAAACUCCCAGCUCUAGAUAACCACAAUGCUUCUCUGAACUUCUCUAAGCUGGAAAACUCUGAAGUCUGCAGGGAAGAUGAUCAUAAUAAAGCACUGGCUGCUGGAAAAGCAGAACAGAAACUGGAUCGCGUUUCUAAAGAGACUUACAAUAAGACCACACCUCGUCAUGGAAGAAAGGCUUUGCAAGAGUUGACAAAUAGAAGUAUACAAUCUCACACUUCAGUAACUAAAUCCCCCAAAACUUCAGAAGAAAACUCAGCAGCACCAUCUAGACGAGGAAGGGCUACUAUUUGCUACAAAGAACCCAGUAUAAACAGCAAAUUAAGGCGUGGGGAUCAGUUUACAGAUACACAAUUUCUGGAUUCCCCAGUCUAUAAAGUUAAAAAAAAAAGAAGUUUAAAGAGUAAAUCAAAAUUUAUUUGA